UUUUGAUUUCAGACUUUUUUAACUGAUAAUUAACUUAAUAAACCAGAAACAGAGGACUUUGUUGUCUGAACUUCUCUUCUUCUCGUGUCGACGUAAACCUCUGAAUCAGGAAGUCCGGGGGUUUCCUCGAGACAUAAAAGUUGAAUGGACGGUGACACGGACGCAAUAAUGACGAGCCACACUUGUUGACGCUUAUUCAUUUAUCCAUGUAGUUGUUUUUUUUUUAUCAUUAUUACUUUCUUAUUAACUUAAUCUUAGUCGUCGUUUUUUUUUUUUUGCCCCCCCGCAACUCUUUGAUUUUCACUUUCUGAUUAUUGGGAGGGAUGGACGCUCCUCACCUCACUGAAGAUGAAAUGGCAGAGAUUAAGAAAGACGUGCUGACCAGAAUGCGGCACUACCUCUGCGACAAGAUCAGAGCCGAGCGCCACGUCGACUACCUGCGCUCUCGCCGGAUCCUGACGAGGGACGACGCGGAGGAAAUCAGCUGCAGGGCCACGCAGACCAAGAGGACGGCCACGCUGUUGGACACACUGGCGGAGAACCCCCGGGGCCUGGAUGCCCUGAUCGACUCCAUCAGGGAGCUGCGCUCGCAAAACUUCAUCAUCACCAAAAUCACGGAUGAGGUGCAGAAGGCCAAAAACGAGAAGAUAGAGGCUCUCAAAGCCGUGGCGUCCAGUUCCUCGCCCGACAGCACCUUCAAGACUCCGAUCACAACCUGCGACACCCUCUCCAUGUUUUCAAACAACUCCACCCUGCUCUUCCACCCAGACGGAGAACGAAGCCCCUCCACUUCAGACGUAGCAGGCUCACUCAAUCUGCCAUCGUUGCAGAAAGGUGGAGACAUGUCCCCCGUGGGCGGCGUUAGCAUCGGCGUAGUCUCCUCCGUAAGCUCCUCCAGCCUCCCAAAGCCCGGAGACCCGGGGGCUCCUGCGCUGCCGGAGGAGGGGAUGGUGGAGUCCCCCUCCAACAUAGAUGCAUCAUCCCCGGGUUGCACCAGCAGCGGAGGGGACCCAAACUUCCAGCCCCUCCGGUCGCGCUCCCUCACUCCAACAUCACAUAGGAACAUCUUCUAAUUUGAACAACUCGACAAGACACUUUUCAUGCAGUUUACGGGACAAACCAGCAGAAAUCCUCUUCCACUCAACUCCCACAAACACUCUCUCAUUGUCGUCUCGCUCUCUUUUUGGUGACCGUGCCUUUGAUUAGGCAGAAAUAGUUGUACAUGGGAUAUAUACCCACUUUAUUGUUAUAUUGUUAGAGGUUUUUUUCAUUACCUUAGUCUGAUACAAGGCCAAAUAGUAACAUAGUUUAAGGAAUAUACACUUUUUUUUUUACCAAACCUUCUUUUAAUUAAACAAAAUGUUGUUGUUUUUAAAUAUAAGCAAUAUACAAUAACUUUGCCAAAAUAAAUUGUCAAAAUUAUGGUUUAAAUCUGAAACUAUGAAUUUGAGCAAGCAUUUGAUGCCAGCUUUCAUUCCUUAACAGUUUUUCAAUACUCAUGCUUCAAACACACUUUGGUACCCAGACAAAGAAGUUUUGACAUUUGAAUCUCCAAAGAAUAUUUGAUUCACUCACUUUCGAUCUUUUCUUCUUGUCUUCUUUCAUCAAAGGUGUGAUUUCCUGACAAACUGUUGAACACUGCAGGUACAGUUUAGGUGCUUUAGUUUUAGUAGUAUAGUUUUAUACACUGGAAUGACUUGUACAUAUGUGUCCCCUCUGAUUAAACACUUGAUCAGAGCAGCAUUAAGUCAACAACAAGUUACUUUACAUUUUCUUCACUACAAAAGUCUUUUGUGAAAUAACAAACCAUGUCCCACUUAUUACUUCAUUACCUGGAGAUGUACAAUGAUCGAUUACAAACUAAAGGUUUUCUGUAUGA